GUAAGUGGGUGAGGAGGAGUGAGAGUGAGGAAGGAGGAGGAGGUGGUGGUGGUGACUGACGAGGAGUGAGGAGGUCGGUGUUGGAUGGAGUGAGGCGAGUAGAAGGAGGACUGACAACCGCCAACAACAACAACACCAAGAAGGAGAGGAGGAGAGGAGUUGGACUGACACCAACAGCAAGGGGUGAGAGUGAGGAGGAGUGCGGCGGCGUGAGGGCGCGGAGGUGGAUUGAAGUGGAUUUAGGGGGAGUGAGGCAAAGAGGUGGACUGACACCACCACCAACAUCAGCGGACGAAGACACAAGUCGUGAGAGGGCUUGGGUAGCUCUGAGGAGGAGGAGAAGACAACGAAGUUGCUUGACGGAGGCGGGACAUCCGUGUCAGUCGCGACUGUGGUCCCCGGUUGAGGAGGAGGAGAAGGAGGCGGCAAGCGGCGGCGGUGCCGGGCGCGGGGAUCCCAAGGAGAGAGGAAGAGACACCGACGCGCGGGGAGACGCGGAGGUGGUGAGACACUGAGGGAUCCGGGGGCGAGACGGGUCUGGCGGAGGAGAGACUCUGAGGGAUCCGGCGAGAAAUAGAGACGCGGGAGACACGCGUGGGAGUGGGUGGUCGAGAGGCACGGGUGAACACCGCCGUGCGCCCCACACGGAGACGCGAGCCGCUGUGAGAAUCCGCGGAGGUUGCUCAGCGCGGAGGCGAAGAGCUCCGUAGCAACUUUUCUUUUUUUACUUUCUACUCCGUCGCCGUCAGGAGCGUGCGGAGACCCGGAGAGAGAAAGAGAGAGACACACACACGAGGAGACACGAGGAGAGAGAGAGACACACACACGAGGAGACACGAGGAGAGAGAAGAGAUACGUGGAGAUACUGUACACGAGGAGAGAGGCACACGGGGGGGCAACGCGCUGCUCUCCCAUGGAAAGACCGCGGCGACACUGCUGAGAGGCGUCUCUCUCUCUCUAUACCGUCAAGCCGAGCCCGCCGUGCGCUUCGCUACAGUCGACCCUAGACUGUAUUGACCCGUGAGGAGCCCACAUAAGUUUGAGUCGCGGCCCCUGCUGCUGCUGCUGCCCCCGGAGCGGGGUCGGGGGGCGGGGGAGCUGUCCAGCGGCGCGUGCUGCUGACCACCUCGGGCCGCGGUGGUUGGUGGUGGUGAUGAUGGCGAUGGUGAUGUUCAUCCUGGAGAAGAUGAUGAUGGUGGGGGACGUCAAGGCGGAGGCGAUGACGAGACGCGCCGCGGUGAUGAUGGUGCUGAUACUGCUGGGAGCUCGGCCACCCCAAUGCUGGGCUCAAGACGAGGUGGCGCCCUACUUCAAGACGGAACCGGCGCCGCUGCAGACGCACCUGGAGGGUAACCGACUGGUGCUCACCUGCCUGGCAGAGGGCAGCUGGCCCCUGGAGUUCAAGUGGCUCUUCAACGGACGUGAGCUCACCGGAUACUCCUCCGAAUACCGGUACGUGAUUGCGUCUCUGGACCGCUCGCACGCCGGGUUCUACCAGUGCGUCGUCCGGAACCGCGUCGGCGCCCUGCUGCAACGGAAGACGGAGAUCCGCGUGGCUUACAUGGGGAACUUUGUCGAGGGCGAGCAGAAGCUGUCGUUGCCGCAGGGGCAGGCGGCGGCGCUCGUGCCCCCGGCCAUCACCGGGUACCCCUCCCCUCAGGUCACGUGGUUCAGGGAGGGACGCAAGAUAUCGCCCUCCUCGCGCAUUGCGGUCACGACGGAGAACUGGCUGGUGGUGCUGGCGAGUGCUUCGUCGGACGGGGGGCGCUACUUCGUGCAGGCCGUCAAUGAGAAGAAUGGCGAGAACAAGACCAGCGGAGCCGUCACGCUCGCCGUCGAGAAGCGCUCGCACAGCGAUGGGGAGGGUCCGGCCGACCCCAUCGCCCCGGAGAUUGUCGUGGCGCCGCGGAACACGAGCGUCACCGUGGGCACGCCCGAGGUCACCCUGCAGUGCGUCGCCAACGCCAGGCCGGUGACACGGCUCACCCUGGUGUGGAGGAAGGACGGUGUGACGCUGCACAGCGGCAUCAGCGACUGGGGCCGGCGUCUCACCGUCCAGAACCCGGGCCUCGGGGCGGCCGGCCUCUACGAGUGCGAGGCCGUCCUCAGGGGCAGCAGUGUGGCGCCAGCCUCCGCACGCGCGCACCUCUCCAUCAUCGAGCCACCGUACUUGGUGCUGGAGCCUGAGAGGCACAUGGUGGGAGAGGUGGAGAGCAUCGUGGAUAUCCCCUGCCAGGCAAUGGGCUCGCCGCGACCAUCACUGCAGUGGUACAAGGACGCGGUGCGCGUGGGCGACCUCUCGGCCAGACGCUUCGUCGUACUGCCCAGCGGGAGCCUGCAGAUAGGCCGCCUGGAGCCCGACGACACGGGCAUCUACCAGUGCGUGGUGUCCAACCAGGCCGGGGAGGUGCAGACGUACACGCACCUCUCGGUCACCAGCAUCGCCGCCAACAUCACGCGAGGGCCGACCGACACGCUGGUCAUCGAGGGCCACGCGAUCGUCCUGCCGUGCGAAGCGCUGGGAGCUCCGCGCCCGUCCAUCACCUGGCAGAAAGACGGCGGGGUGGUGCUGGCGAGCGGCUCGGUGCAGACGGCGCGCUUCACGCUGCUCGAGUCAGGCGGGCUCCUGGUGAGCCCGGCGCGGCUCGGGGACGCCGGCAGCUACAGCUGCGUGGCGACCAACUCGCGCGGCGCCGACUCGCAGGAGGGCAGCCUGCUGGUGCUCGCGCGCACACAGAUCACGGUGCCCCCGCAGGAUCGCAGCGUCAUCAAGGGCACAACCGCCGAGCUGACCUGCAGCGUCACCCACGACCCCACCGUCGAGAUAAGGCACGUGUGGGAGAAGGAUGGGGCGCCCAUGAGCGUGGGCUCCGUCGGUAGGGUCUCGCAGAGCCCCGACGGCUCGCUCGUCAUCACCCAGACGUGGUCGGGGGACAUCGGCACCUACGCCUGCCGCGUGACGUCGCUCGGAGGGAACGACUCGCGCAGCGCUCGGCUGGAAGUGAGGGAGCUACCGCACCCUCCGCAGAACCUUCGCGCGCGGCAGAGCGAGGAGCGGAGCCGCGCGCUCGAGCUGUCCUGGGUUCGCCCGUUCGAUGGAAAUAGCCCUCUCAUCCGCUACGUGGUGGAGAUCUCGGAGAACAACUCCCCCUGGAUGGUUCACCUCUCCAACGUGGACCCGCAGGCCACGCGCCUCUCGCUCACGGGGCUCGUGCCCUCGCGGACGUACCGCGUGCGCGUCUGCGCCAUCAACGACGUCGGCCGCGGCCAGUUCAGCAAGGAGACCGACAGGCUGACCCUGCCGGAGGAGCCCCCCGGAGCCCCCCCGCAGAACGUGAUUGCGAGCGGCCGUACGAACCAGUCCAUCAUGAUCCAGUGGCAGCCGCCCCCCGAGAGCCAACACAACGGCGCCCUACGCGGUUACGUCAUCCGCUACCGCUUGGCGGGGCUUCCCGCAGACUACCAGACGAGUAACAUUACGGGGGCAGAGGUCACAACCUUCCUGCUGGAAGAGCUCAUCGUCUGGACGAACUACGAGCUGGAGGUUGCGGCGUUCAACGUGGCCGGGUUGGGCCCGUACUGCGCCACCGUCACCGAGUGGACGCUGCAGGGAGUGCCGACGGUGACGCCGGAAAACGUGAGGGUGGUGGCGCUGAGUUCCACGGCCCUCAAGUUCACCUGGUUUCCGCCAAACCCACAGUUCAUCAACGGCAUCAACCAGGGCUACAAGCUCCUCGCGUGGGAACGCAGCCGCCCCCACCACGUUUCCAUGGCAGCAAAGCCUACGCUGCUGGCCUGGCCUCCGGACACGGCGGAGGAGGUAACCGUGGUGACGGUCGCCCCUAGUUACCAGGCGCCCAUGCAUGAGGGCGUGCUCACGGGCCUGCGCAAGUUCACCGAGUACCACGCCGCCGUGCUCUGCUUCACCACGCCGGGCGAUGGGCCGCGUAGCGCCGCUCGCCUCGUGCGCACCCUGCAGGACCGGCCUGGGCCGGUUGGACGACUCAGCUUCUCGGAGAUCCUGGACACCUCGCUGCGCGUCAGCUGGCAGGAGCCGCGGGAAAAGAACGGCGUGCUCAUCGGCUACCGGAUCUCGUGGGAGGAGCACAACCGCUCGGACACGCGUGUCACGAGGUCGCUGCCCAACGGCACGCUGGAGCUGCUGGUGACGGGGCUCACGGCGCUCACCACCUACACCAUCGAGGUGUCGGCGGCCACGGCCGCCGGCCAGGGCCCCGUCUCCUCCUCCACCAUCUCGUCCGGCGUGCCCCCCGAGCUGCCCGGAGCCCCCACCAACCUGGCCAUCUCCAACAUCGGGCCGCGCUCGGCCAUGCUGCAGUUCCGCGCCGGCUACGACGGCAAGACCUCCAUCAGCAAGUGGAGCGUGGAGGCGCAGGUGGGCGUGGUGGGCGACAGCGAGGAGUGGCUGCGCCUCUACGAGCUGGACAACGAGCCGGACGCGCGCUCCCUGGAGAUCCCCAACCUCACCCCCUUCACCCACUACAGAUUCCGGAUGAAGCAGACGAACAUCGUGGGCUCCAGCCCGGCGAGCCUCCCGUCGCGCACGAUGCAGACGCUGCAGUCCCCGCCGGACCUGGCGCCGGCCAACCUGACCGUGCGCACCGCCAGCGAGACCAGCCUGUGGCUGCGCUGGGUGCCCCUGCCCGAGUUGGAGUACAACGCCCUGCCGGAGUCCGUGGGCUACCGCGUCCGCUACACGAGGCUCGGCGUGCCGCCAUGGGGCCCGCUGUCUACGGCCGCCCGGCCCGGCGAUGCCGAGCCGUGGGCCGGGGUGCUGGGCUCGCACGGAGAGGCGGAGAGCGGCGGUGCCGGCGGCGGUGCCGGCGGCGGUGCGGAGCCGGCGCUCUUCACAGUGGUGGCAGACCGGCUGGAGAGGGAGGUGACCCUGGAGGGCCUGGAGGAGUGGAGCGAGUACCGCCUCCAGAUGCAGGCCUUCAACUCCAUCGGUCCGGGGCCAUGGAGCCCCGAGGUUAGGGGUCGCACGCGCGAGUCAGUGCCGUCGGCGGGGCCCGUUGCCGUGACCGCGAAUGCCACGACCCCCACGAGCAUCACCGUGAGCUGGGGCCCCGUCCCCGAAGCCGAGCAGAACGGCCUCAUCCUGGGCUACAAGGUCCUGUACCAGGAAGUGGCGUCGGAGCGCGAGAGCGACCGCGACCGCGGCUGGGCCUGGCCCGAGGGCCGCGAGUCGCAGGGCGUCGUGGUGGUGCGCGGGAACGCGACGCUGUCGGCCGCGCUGGCUCAGCUGCUCAAGUACACGCUGUACGAGGUGCGCGUCCAGGCCUUCACGCGCAUCGGCGACGGCCAGCCCAGCUCCCCGCCGCUCGUGCACCGCACGCUGGAUGACGUGCCAGGCCCCCCGGUGGGCAUCCUCUUCCCCGAGGUGAGCCGCGUGUCGGCCCGCCUGGUGUGGCAGCCGCCCACGGAGCCCAACGGCAUCAUCCUGGGCUACCGAGUGGGCUACCGCGUCAACGGCUCCAGCGUGGAGACGGUGCAGGAGCUGGACCCCUCGGAGCGUCAGCUGCGCCUCACAGGCCUGCGCCCCGAGGCUCUCUACGCCUUCCGAGUCACGGCGCGAACGCGCAAGGGCUGGGGCCUUCCCGCCGAGCUCACGCUCAUCACCACGCAGCGCAGAGAACGGGCUGAGCCUCCGGGCCGCCCCGAGGUGCCUCAGAGCGGCGUGUGGGCGCGCAGCGUGCUGCUCACAUGGGUGCCGGGCAGCGACGGGCUGGCGCCCACACGCUACUACACCGUGCAGGGGCGCGAGGUCCCGCUGGGCCGCUGGGACACGCACCACACGCCCGUGGCGCACAACGCCACCGAGCACGUCAUCAACAGACUCAGGCCCUUUACCUCCUACGCGUUCCGCCUCAUGGCCACCAACGACGUCGGGGACAGCGACUUCAGCCCCGAGUCGGAGGCCGUCACCACGCUGCAGGCCGUGCCCAGCGAGGCCCCUGUGAUCGUGUCCAUCACGCCACACACCACCACCUCCGUGCUCGUCCGAUGGAAGGCGCCCCCGGAAGAGUCGGUGAACGGGAUCCUGCUGGGCUUCCGCGUGCACUACCGGCCGCUGCAGCUGUACGACGCGCCGCCACGGCUGCCCCCUGGCGGCCGCAGGGCCCGCGACACCGCCGCCGUCGCCGCCGCCGAGCUGACGCCGCGAUACCUCGUUCACACGCUCAACGAUUCCUCGUCAACGCAGCACGAGCUGGAGAACCUCACCAAGUACCUUCGCUACGAAGUCCGGGUCACGGGCUACAACGUGAUGGGUGACGGCCCGCCCAGCCCGCCCUACGAGGUGUUCGUCGGGGAGGCCGUGCCGACGGCACCCCCGCAGAAUGUGCAGGUGGUAGGGUCCACGGCCACUCAACUGGAGCUGAGCUGGGAGCCUCCACCGCAGGACAAGCAGAACGGGGACAUCCAGGGCUACAAGGCGUACUUCUGGGAGACGGCGCGGGGGAACGCGUCGCAGCGCGUCAAGACGCUCUUCCUCCCGGAGACGAGCAUCAAGCUGCGCCGGCUGAGCGGCUACACGGAGUACGCGCUCGCCAUCGCCGCGUUCAACGCCGCCGGCGACGGGCCCCGCAGCGCCCCGCUCUCCGCGUGGACCGACUCCGCCGCCCCCUCGGCCCCAGGAGCCCUGAGCUUCUCCGAGGUGACGACGUCGUCGGUGAACGUGUCCUGGGCCGACCCGGCCGCUCCCAACGGCAUCAUCGACGGCUACCGCCUCGUCUACGAGCCUAGCACGCCCAUCGACGGCGUCAGCAAGAUCGUGACGGUGGAGAUUCGGGGCGAGGGCCCACGCUGGCUCAAGGUGAAGGACCUGGUGGAGGGCGUCACCUACCACUUCCGCGUCAGGGCUCGCACGUUCACCUACGGCCCGGAGGUGGACGGCAACGUCACCACGGGGCCCGGGAAAGGUGCUCCUGGCCCACCGGGGGAGCCGUCGGUGACGCGGUCGGGCGGCUCCAUCGUGGUGCACUGGACCGCGGGAGAGCCGGGCGACAGCCCCAUCACCGGAUACGUCGUCGAGACCCGCGCGUCUGACGAGGGCUUGUGGGACAUGGUGGUGCGAGACGUUCCGGGCGACGCUCGCUCCGCCGCCCUCAGCAUCGACACGCUCCGCCGCGGCAUCAGCUACGACUUUCGCGUCAUUGCCCACAAUGCACUGGGCUUCGGCGCCCCCAGCGUUCCCUCCCCGUCCGUCUCCGCGCAAAUGGGAGCGGCGUUCUACGAGGAGUGGUGGUUCCUGGUGGUGGUGGCGCUGACCAGCCUCAUCCUCAUCCUCCUCCUCGUCUUCGUGCUCAUCAUCCGCGGCCAGAACCAGAAGUACUCGCGCAAGUCCGACUCCAGCAGCACGCCGCGCGCGGGCGCCAACGAGGAGAUCACGAGCCUGGAGGGCGGCUUCACCACGCUGGAGCUCAACAACCGCCGCCUGUCCGUCAAGACCGCCCUCUACAAGCGCAAUGGCACCUACGCACGCUCCCCUCCGCGCCCCUCGCCCGGCACGCUGCGCUACUCCGACGAGGACCUCACCGCCAAGUACGAGGUGACGGCGGCGGAGAGCAGCAGCCUCACCGAGAAGCCCUCCGAGCUCUCCGAGUCAGAGGCGAGCGAGGAGGACGACUUCGGCUCGGACCCGGUCAAGUGCAACUCCCACUCAUUCGUCAACCACUACAUGAGCGAGCCGGGCUACUACAGCUCGUGGCGACGCCAGCCCAAAGGGCUGUCGCGAUCGCCGCAGCCGUGCGGGCCCUACCUGGCCGACGCGGAGCACUCCGAGUCGGGCGAACGCACCCCGCCGGCCCUCACCCCCUCUCUGCCCCACCACCACCACCCCCACCACCACCCGCACCACCACCCCCAGCACCACCCGCACCACCCGCAGCACGGCAUGUACGUCUCAUCGGCCACGGCCUCUUCCAACGGCCCUGCCGGUGGCGGGGGCGGCGGUGGCGGCGGCCCGGGGAGCGGCGCCGCCAGCCCGCUCGUCGGGCUCUUCGUGUCGGCGUCAGCGAACGGGUUGGGGCCCGGCACGCGGCCUCCGGUGGCCGGCUUCUCUUCCUUCGUUUAAGCCGAACGCCGAGACAACGCCGAGAUUCGCGGUUUCCUGCGGUUGGAUUUGACGCGAUAGUUAGGAUCGUUACGACGUUCGUUUUGUACGAAGGAGCCGGGUUGGCAGGGUUUUUCAGGCGAACCAGCCUGGCGAUGGAAUGCGUGGCGUAGUCGUGAACUCAAGGCUCAAUCCCAAUUAAAGUUCGUGUCGCGAGUUGUUGGGUUUGUGUUGGCGCUGCUGGAACCCGCGCAAGAAGGCUGCGAGCAGGCGUUUAGGCUCCUCCACGCACGUCCAAAAAGCUCGAGCGACAGGAUUUUUUUUUUCCCGCUGCUCGGACCCUGCCUCCGUUCACGGCGCUGCCGCGGCUCCCUCAUGGUCGCUCGGUGCACGGACGCGCGUCCCCAUCGUGCGUGCGAGACCUUGGUUCCUUGCCACACGUCGCUCGCCGGCGCCGACCUCUACGACCUCUACGACACGCCCGAUUGGCCGGUAGCACGACCGCCGUGCGUCGCGCCGUGCUGUUCACCAUGGACUCGCGAGGGGUGCCCCUCCCCCGCCUUCCGGCGAGGUGGAGCGCCCAAGAUACAAGAUUAUCGCGCGUCCUGCCGAGCCAGCCCGGUUCGGGCUCCCCACCCACGGGGUCGGUUUUAUUUUUCUAAGUUUCACGCUCGCGAGGCGCACGUGGUACGCGCGGGAGGUUCCGCGAGCGGCUCGAGACGGGCAGGGUGUAAGCACUCCGCCCGGGACGCGCUCGCGAGUAUACCCACUCUGCACAUGAAGGAAAGUUUUCACUGGUUUGUAAAAAAACACUAAAAUGUCAAAAAAUAUAUAAGAUAUAUAUUAUAAAACUGCAGUGUAUAGAGCACCCUGCAACGUGCGAGCAGCAGAUGAUUUAUUUUUAACCGAGGGGUGUGUGUUCGGAGAGGAGAGUUUCAGCGAGUGGCGCUUCGUGGGAAGGAGGAGAGGGGCGGGGGGAUGGAUGAGGUUGAAUCGACGAGGGUUAUUUUUGCGCGUCGUUUGCUCGGAACCGAUGUGCCCGCCCAAGCGGGCGCACGCGAGUGCAUGGCGUCACUGUAAGCACGUGCGUUAGUUUCCUGUAUUCACCUUGUCGGAUAAAAAAAAAACACUAAUCAAUGUGACAAUCUGUGAGAUGCCUUGGAUUGCAGACUUUGCAAUAAGAGUAUAUAUGUGUGUGUGUUGGCUGGUACAAUGCUUAUGUACCUGGCUUGAGUUGAUUUAGAUUUUAGAUUUUUUUUUUUACUUUUUUAAUGUGGCCAUAGUGUAUGAACACGCCUGUCAGGAUGGCUUCAAUCGGUGCGGGAGCAGCUCGAGAUUCUAUGAACGGACGUUAAGUUCAGAAGUCCGAAACUAAGACAAGGUCAAGAGGCCAUCACAACCAAUGCCAUUGAUGGGCAUCUGAAUGUGUCAGCUAAAGAGACCCUUCCUGAGCAGGGCUUGAUUUCUCACUGAAUAUGUUCCAUCUCGCUGCCACGUGGCAAGUAGCCACGGCCACAUUGGCAGGAAUACUGGAUGUGGUGUGCCGGGUGGGGAAUAUUUUCUGUGUCGCCAUCCCAGACAGAACCGGCCGAAAUUAAGGCCUGGCCUCUAGCGUAGUACAACGACCAAAGACUCAGGGGGCCUUCAUUAGGAUCACCGAGAUCACAUUGGCAGAGGUGUGCCUGUUGCUCAUUGCUCCACCACCGUCACCAUGAUCAUUCCGCUGUUGGAUGAGGUCUCCCCAAGCCGUUGCCUUGAGUAAGAGUGCUGCGAUUUAACAAUCCACCCAGCACUUCCACACACAAGUUUAUUUCCUCUCGAUCAACCAACGAGACAACGGCACUGUCAAACCGCCAGACAUCAAUGCAACCGAAUUGCCAGUAAUCACGGCGCGGUUCUCUUGAUUAGGAUCAUUCAGCAGAUAGUAGAGGCACGCGUUAACUGAGUUCACGGAGCAUCACUUUGGAGAGAUGCACGCUUGAAAUUACAUCGACAGCCGGAGAGUGGAACGUGUGGAUUCGAGAACAUUCGCGGGUUACGUCCACAAUUGAAGCUGUGAAGAGAGUGGGCUCUGGCAGGACGCGUCGGGACGCGUCAUGGCCGGAUGGGGCGACGGUCAGGGCCAGCGAUGGAGCGGCAACCACGGAGCGAUUCUUGCCCGAGAGGACGUUCCGCCGUGGAGGUGGAGCGACGGGAUCGGCUCGCGUGUUGCAGGUGCCGGGUGGAUCAUCGCAGCAUCGCGAGAGGUGGCGACCGACUGGGAAGGCCUUCAUCCAGCAGUGGAUUGAUGAUGGAGAAUCAAAUUCACUUGGCCUCUGUAACUGAACCCCCCCAUUGCCAACAUGUCUUAGGUGUGAACUUUGUGAGGACGUGUCACCACAUUCACCGAUCAUCGUUUAUUUGAAGUUGCCUCCCUCGUUUACCAAAGCUGUUAUUGUUACCUGUGAGAAAGCAAUGAUGAUCUUACACAACGAGUUCCCGUGUCAGGAGACUUGAAGACAAGCCCAGACGUUUGGGUAUCCCCCCCCCUGCCCUCAACGACACCCCACACCCUCCUCCCUCCCUUCCCCCGCAUGGGAUUGAGCCAUGUUGACAGGUAGCUGUUACAACACCGACAAAUCGACAAGGGUUGUUUCUGCUUUGUCUUAACGCGCCGUGCUGUUAUUUUGUAACGAAGCCGACCUAGGGGUGGGACCUGCUGAUUGUGCGUCUCGAGGAGUUCUGUGCCGGUCCCGUGACGACUCUGGGGAGUCACUUCGCCGCCACCGGGUGGGUGGGAAAUUCUGUGGACAAUUGGGAGGUGACCGGCUAGUACUGAAACUUAAAGUUGAGCCCAUCAUCUACUUUGUACAGACGUUUCAUUAUUUUAUUGAGACAGUCGGGCAGAGGGGGGGGGUUAUUUCGUUUGUUUUGGGAUUUCUCUAUCGUCGUAGUGUCACCCACCGUUCUACUCUUGUUCCACCGUGACUCCACCAUUCAUUCCCGCUUGCCACUCGCUCGCCGUAUACCUCGCAGCUCUCUCGAUAUUCUUUGAGUCUCAUCACACGCGCGGCGACGGCGAUGUUCAACAUAAUUUCACAGUUUCGUAGCAAUGUGUUGCAGGCGGUGUGCGUGCGUGCGUGCGCGUUGCAUUGCCCGAGUAAUGUUUUGUUUUAUUGUCGCAUAAGGUUUGUCGUUUUAACUUGAAAUCAAGGCUGUGAAAAAAGAAAGAGCUGGUCCAUUUCUGGGGUCUCCCAUACCAACCACGCGUUUCUGUCCCGCUGCCGGUGGUGUCGUUGCGUGCGUUGCGAGCCUACCGAUUGAGGGUUUUCAUUGAGGAUCAUAAAUCAUAUUAUUAUUAUCAUUGUUCCGUUUUCUAUGGUUGUUGAUGCCAUGCUGUUAAAGGGUGAUGUUGCAUGACCCGUGUGGAGUGUGACCCGAGUGAGAUGACACAGCGGAGACCCCGGCCUUGCGUUGUGGGGUGGGGGGGCUGAACACGGAACGGGGGAUUUUGAGUUUGCCCAGAGUGGAGUGUACAAAUUAAAGUGUUUUGCAAUUUA